AAGUUUCAGAUAUAAAUUUUUCAACAUCACCACAUAGUUCUUUGAUCGAUCUUGAAACUGCAAAUAAUAUAAAUGAUAAGUUAGUAAUUUCUGAAAUAGAUGAAAUAACAGAGUCACCUGCAGAUAUAGAACAGAGCUUUUGUCUCUCAGUGG